GCGCCAUCGUCAGUGAAUGAAAGCCUCCAUUUUAGAGCGCUGCAGCGGAGAAAAGCAGCAGAGAUGGCAGACUAUAGCAGCGUGGCUCCUCCGUCUUCUAACGCUGGUGGUGGGAUGAACGAUGCUUUUAAAGACGCUCUGCAGCGAGCACGACAGAUUGCAGCGAAGAUCGGCGGAGAUGGUGUCGCGGCACCCCCAACGAACGAAUUUGGCUACGGAGGCCAGAAAAGGCCCCUGGAGGACGCUGGUGGGUAUUUUCCCAUGCCUAACCUGAAUAUCGAUCAACCAGAAACAAAGAAAGUAGCUACAAAUGAUGCCUUUUCUGCAAUGGUAGCAAUGGGUUGCCCCCCGCGGUCAACAUCAGAGGAAUUCAAGGUUCCCGAUGGAAUGGUUGGAUUCAUUAUUGGGAGAGGAGGCGAGCAAAUAUCACGCAUCCAGCAGGAGUCUGGGUGUAAAAUACAGAUCGCACCUGACAGUGGAGGGAUGCCAGAUAGGUCAGUGACAUUGACAGGACCACCAGAAUCAAUUCAGGCUGCAAAAAGGUUACUGUCGGAUAUAGUUGAGAAGGGCCGUCCAGCUCCAUCGUUUCACCACAACGAUGGUCCCGGGAUGACGGUUCAGGAGAUCAUGGUGCCCUCUACCAAAGCGGGUCUCGUCAUCGGAAAGGGAGGAGAAACCAUCAAGAGCCUCCAGGAACGAGCUGGCGUGAAGAUGGUCAUGAUCCAAGAUGGACCUCAGAAUACAGGAGCAGACAAGCCACUCCGCAUUUCAGGAGAUCCUUUUAAAGUUCAACAAGCCAAAGAGAUGGUGAUGGAGCUGAUCAGAGAGCAAGGCUUCAGGGAGCAGAGGGGCGAGUACGGUUCAAGGAUGGGAGGAGGAGACAGCCUGGACGUUCCAGUCCCACGAUUUGCUGUGGGAAUAGUUAUUGGCAGAAAUGGAGAGAUGAUCAAGAAGAUACAGAAUGACACAGGCGUCAGAAUUCAGUUCAAACCAGAUGAUGGCACUACACCUGAGAGGAUAGCACAGAUCAUGGGUCCCCCAGACCAGGCUCAGCAUGCAGCAGAGAUCAUUUCUGACCUGUUGAGGAGCGUUCAAGCUGGGGGACCUCCUGGACACGGAGGGGGCAGAGGACGUGGCCGUGGGCAGGGUAACUGGAACAUGGGCCCUCCUGGUGGCCUGCAGGAGUUUAGCUUCACAGUCCCUACCAUGAAGACCGGCCUAAUCAUCGGAAAAGGCGGAGAGACAAUCAAAGGCAUCAGUCAGCAGUCUGGAGCCAGAAUCGAGCUGCAGAGGAAUGCUCCACCCAAUUCUGACCCCAACCUUAAGAUGUUCACUGUCAGAGGCUCCCCUCAACAGAUUGACUAUGCCAGGCAGCUAGUGGAGGAGAAAAUUGGGGGCCCAGUUACUCCAAUGGGUGGCCCGCACGGUCCUCCAGGUCCGCAUGGUGGUCCGGGUCCGCAUGGUCCUCCGGGACCACCUGGACCUCCAGGGGCUCCAAUGGGACCGUACAACCCUGGACCAUAUAACCAGGGACCUCCUGGACCUCAUGGUCCUCCUGCUCCUUAUCAGCCUCAGGGAUGGGGCAACGGGUACCCCCACUGGCAGCAGGGACAGCCUGAUCCGAAUAAAGCAGCAGCCGACGCCAACGCAGCAGCGUGGGCGGCGUACUACGCUCAGUACGGCCAGCAGCCUCAGCCCUCCAUGGCGCCAGCUGGCGGAGCUCCAGGCACGUCUCAGCCUAACGGCCAAGGUGACCCACAGGCUCCAGGUCAGAGUGGACAGACAGAUUACACCAAAGCCUGGGAGGAAUAUUACAAGAAAAUGGGUCAACAGAAUCAGCCUCCUCAGGACUACACAAAAGCCUGGGAGGAGUAUUACAAGAAGCAAGACGCAGCGUCCCAGAUGCAAGGAGACGGCAACCCUUCAGGCCAAGCCGCGCCUCAGGCCGCUCCGGCUGCAGCCGCGCCGACCUCUCAGCCAGGAGCCCAGCCAGACUACAGCGCCGCCUGGGCCGAGUACUACCGGCAGCAGGCGGCUUACUACGGCACACCCAACCCCCAGGCCAUGGGUGGAGCACCACAAGCCCCUCAGGUACGCCCCUGAUCAGCUUCCACCCGCUACAUUCACUCAGUCAUUUUGUACCAUAACCACCUUCCUUCCUCAGGGUUCUGCAGGGAACCAGUGGCACCAGCAGCCUUAACCAAACUACUUCCUCCCCCUUUUUUAGCUUUUAUUUUGGGAAGCUGAGUUCACUGUUUCUGCUGUUAACAUGCGAUGUAUCUUCUAUGUAUUUCCUCUGCACAGGGCCAGUAAUGUGAAGUGGACAUAAAGUAAAUGCUACAUUGUCGAAACAAAAUCCUUUGUUAAAUGUUUGGAUGCAGACGCCUUGAUGAAGAUCUUAAAUUUCCUUGGUUUGAAAGUGUUUCACACAGAUGGCAGAUUACCCGGCGAACACGUCCUCUGAUUCUUUUGUUUUUCUGUUUAUUGUUUUUUUUUUUUUGUAAAUGCAAUGUUUUUAGUAAGGUAAUUAUACAUAUGGUCAUUCCAGCCCUGUAUCUACAUUAAAUGUGGUUCAAAGUCAUGUUUAAUAAACUGUAGACAUUACCAUGUAAAUCAUCUCGGUUUUAAAAAUGCCUGUUGUGUUUUUGCAAUAAAACAAACUGAAACCUCC